GGGAGAGAAGAGUAAAAAAGAAAAGAGAGAAGGAAGCUUUCUGUUCUAUUUCGCCGUCUCCUGUGGUCCCUUGGCCAGCGAGCGGCUAACAGGCACCGCUCAUGUCCGUGAACUCGGAGAAAUCCUCGUCCCCCGAAAGGCCUGAGACCCAGCAGAAAGCCCCAGUGAGUGCCCCUCCUCCCCCGCCACCCCCUCCGCCUCCCCCUGAGCCGGCAGGGCCUCCAGAGCCGGAGGAGGAGAUCCUGGGCUCCGACGAUGAGGAGCAGGAGGACCCCGCAGACUACUGCAAAGGAGGGUACCAUCCGGUGAAGAUCGGGGAUUUGUUCAAUGGGAGGUACCAUGUGAUCAGGAAGUUGGGGUGGGGCCACUUCUCCACCGUAUGGCUGUGCUGGGACAUACAAGUGAAGAACUUUGUGGCGAUGAAGGUGGUGAAGAGCGCCCAGCAUUACACAGAGACGGCCCUGGACGAGAUCAAACUGCUGCGAUGUGUGAGAGAGAGUGACCCCAUCGACCCCAACAAGGACAUGGUAGUCCAGCUGAUAGAUGACUUCAAGAUAUCUGGAGUCAACGGCAUACAUGUGUGUAUGGUGUUUGAGGUGUUGGGUCACCACCUGCUGAAGUGGAUUAUUAAAUCCAACUACCAAGGUCUGCCGUUGCCGUGUGUCAAGAGCAUCAUCAGACAGGUCCUGCAGGGUCUGGACUACCUCCACACAAAGUGUAAAAUCAUCCACACGGACAUAAAGCCAGAGAACAUCCUGAUGUGUGUAGAUGAUGCUUUUGUCAGGCGCAUGGCGAUGGAGGCAACCGAAUGGCAGAAAGCUGGAGCCCCGCCGCCGUCCGGAUCAGCAGUUAGCACAGCCCCUCAGCUCAAACCGGUGAGUACAACAGAUGUGGGGAAGAUCUCCAAGAACAAGAAGAAGAAGCUGAAGAAGAAACAGAAGCGGCAGGCAGAGCUGCUGGAGAGGCGGAUGCUGGAGAUUGAAGCCCUGGAGAGAGAGGCCGAGAAGAAGGAAGAGAGAGCCAAAGAAGGGGGGGAGAAAGGGGCGCUCGAACACAACCGGUCCUCGCCGCUGCAGCCACCGCCACCGGGUCCAAGCAUGGCCCUGGGAGAGAGCGACGAGGAUGACGAUGAUGAGGAGGACGGGGAAGACGAGGAGGAGGAGGGAGGAGAGAGGGAGAGGCCCAUUAGGUUGACUAAUCAUACGUGCGCAGCACCUCCCCAGGAGCAGAGCGAGGUACCCCACAUCACUGAUGACGACCCCGACGAGGAGGAGGAAGACGACGACGAUCCCACACCUGUCGCUGAAAAAGAAGCCCCCAUUCCUCCCACCUCGGAGGAAGGUAGUGGAGAGCCAACACAAGCAGAUGUGGAGGAAGAGGAGGGGGAGGAGGAGGAGGAGGAGGAGGAGGAGGAGGAAGAGGCGGCAUUGAAAGGGACAGAGGAUGAGAAUGAGGAAGAGGAGGCGGAGGAGAAGGUAGAGCAGGAGGAAGAGGAAGAAGAGGAGGAGGAGGAAGGGGAGGAGGAAAAAGAGACUGAAAGAGAGGAGAAUGCAACAGAGGAGCCAAAGAGUGAGAGAAAAACAGAGAAGGAGGCAGUGGUGGAAGAGGAGGAAUCAAAGGAGCAGGAGCAGGGGGAGGAUGAGGAGGACGAGGAGGAGGAGGAGGAGGAGGAGGAGGAGGAGGAGGAUGAGGAGGAUGAGGAUGAGGAAGACGAUGAUGACGACACGACCACUGACCUCGUCACAGAACACACGUCCCCUAUCAAACCCCACAACAACAAAACCAAUUUGGCCAAAACCAACGGUCACGUAUUGUUGGGUUCUGAGGGACUGAAACCGAACCCUGGCACCCCUCCGCCCCCCUCGCCCACCCCCGAGCCCCUCCUCUGCCCCCUGGUGGAGUCUGAGCUCAGCUACACAGACAGGGACAACUCUCUCAGCUCUGGUUAUGAGAUGUAUAAUGGCGAGCUGUGUGAACCGGGGUUGACCAACGGCUCCAGCGAACGCCAUCUGGGCACGAUGCCCCUCUUCCCUGACUUGCCCCUUGAUCCUGAGCCGGGAAACCCCAUGCCAGUUGGGACGGCAGACAUCGGAGCAGGACCGUCGCCCAACAGCCCCGCUGCUGACCGCAGUCGUACUGUGUCAUCCUCGAGUACGGGAGACACCCCCAAAGUCAGGGCCAGAGCUGCAGACCUGCUGAUCAACCCAUUAGACCCACGCAACGCUGAGUCUAUUCGAGUCAAAAUUGCUGAUCUCGGAAAUGCCUGUUGGGUGCACAAGCACUUUACAGAGGACAUCCAGACGAGACAGUACCGUUCCAUUGAAGUCCUGAUAGGAGCCGGUUACAGCACUCCUGCAGAUAUCUGGAGUACUGCCUGCAUGGCGUUUGAGCUGGCAACUGGAGAUUACCUGUUUGAGCCCCACUCUGGAGAAGACUACUCCCGUGAUGAGGACCACAUCGCUCUGAUCAUGGAGCUCCUUGGGAAGGUCCCACGCAAAGUGGUCGCUGCCGGGAAGUACAGCCGAGAGUUUUUCUCCAAGAAAGGUGAGCUGCGGCACAUCACUAAGCUCAAGCCGUGGUCCCUGUUUGACGUGCUGGUGGAGAAGUACGGCUGGUCGCACGAAGACGCCGGACACUUCACUCACUUCCUUCUGCCAAUGCUGGAGAUGGUGCCAGAGAAGAGAGCCUCGGCCGGCGAAUGCCUCAACCACCCCUGGCUCAACUCGUAGCCACAAACUCUGAUC